AACCACCCUUAAAAGAUCAAAUGACCACUGAAGCAUUUAUUAUUAAUCCCAAUGUAAUUUCGCUGAGUGGGUAUUACUGUCAUUUCCUAAAUAGAAAAUGUCAGAAUAUUUCUUUGACCGAUCUCACUUGCAUCUCUUUUCUCAUCCUCAUUGUCUAUCGCCUGAAGGAAUUCCACGCGCUGAGGGUGCGUGUGGCCCGCAACAUCAGCUAUUCUGAUUGGAUAAGCCGACGUCAAUAGGUUCAAAAGACCAUUUCGCCCUCAAACAACAACCCCCAGGCGUUGUAGAUAACGCUGCCGGCCUUCACCGUCGGCGGGGAUAUUCCCACCGUCGGCCGUUAUCCCGAACAUAACGUCACCAAAUCCCGAAAACUAUAAAUACUUCUCUUUCUAAGUUCUAACCACCAAUUCCUUGCCCUAGAGAUUGCACGCCCCUCUCUUCUUCUCGCCCCCUCUCUGAAGUCUCUCAGCCGCCGACAAGCUUCCUCUGUCAACGCAAUCCAUUUCCACUCCCGCUGCUCUCCCGCUCUUCUUCCAGAUCGUCGAUUCCCCGUCUCAAUUUCCACCACUGGUCUUCCAACCCGCGGCUUCAUCUUCCCUGAACGUCGCUGUCUCAGAUCUCGUCGAGUGAUGCUUGCCGGAAGCUUUCGGUUUUUUCUUCUACCUCUGGAGAAAGUUUAGUUCUGUUGGUUCAUGGAUGCGGUCGAGUUGAACUAUCCAGUGGGUGUGGCGGCGGCGGCAGUCGGGGCAUCGAAAUUGGUCGGAUCGGAGAGGGUUGGUAGAGAUAGGGUUGCGGUUUUUGGAGUGGAGCCUCUGGUGAAGCCGGCGAGAGGUCUGCGUGAUGCAGGUAAAUUCUUCACUCUUUCAUUUACCGUUAAUUCGUGAGCUUAAGGUAGGGCUGCCCUUGUUUUGCUUGCAUAACAAAUGAUAUAUUGAAGUUUCGAUUUUGAACAUGGAGAAUGGUUGUUGAAUGGUGGGAAUAGUUUUGGAUCUAUUUCUGUUCGUGCUAGGCGUAGGCUUUCCGAGAAAUUGAACAUUUUGUUGAGUUCAAUAAGGUUCGCCUCGAUAUCUUAUGUUCCGAGAGGCAAUUCUGUUCUUUUUGGGGUUAUGCGUUGCAGUAUAGAGGGUUGAUUAGAUUUACCUGAACAAGUGACAGGUUGAAUAAUCUGAACAAGGUUACAAGGAGGAGAGAGCUGGUAUGAGAUCGUGAGAUAAGUGCUAAGUUAAGGAAGGCUUUAGUCUUCGCUCAUAGUUUUUUUUUGGUUAAUUUUCUUCUUACAUUCGGGCUGCCAGUGGUGGACUGGUGGUGGGAAGUCCAAUUCUCAGACACUGCAAUUUGUGAAAGUGAACUGCAAGUUCAGAAACGGCACGCUGAUAGUUUUGCUGACGUUUAUUUUUUCUUCUAAUAAAUCUCCCAAGCUUAUGUUUUAUAGCUGAUGUGACUCUGCAGGUGAAGGAAGUUCAGUCAAUGCUUUGAUUUCUGCUCCGUGGAAUAAUGGUCCAACCAUUGAAGUCUGUAAGAAGAAUAAUGAAGCAUCCAACAAUCAUAGAGAUGACUUAAGUAAGCACCUCUUUAGUAGUGAAACGAGUAGUCCAUCGUGGUUGCUGAAGUGUGACGAAGUGAAGGUAAAUAGAAAAGCUGGAAGAGUGUCAAAAGGUGGUAGUGGUUCUGCUAAAAGACCAAGGACAUCUCUGGUAGAAGAUGCUGCUGGUUUGACUGGGAUUGAUGAUACAAAAGAUUUGUUAGGUAAGCUGAGAUCAUGUUUAAAAAAGUGCGACUCUCAUGGUAAUUCAGUUUAUGAAAUCUUCUCUUGAAAAUCCCUAUCUGCAGCAAAUUCUUGUAUGAUUGGAUAAUGAUUAUGCUAUCUGAGUGUUAUGUGAUAAAGUAGAGUAAGUCAGUAUAGCUCUUGUAUGAUUUGUGCUUGUAUUUCUAAUUGAUCGCAAGCGACCCUGCAAGAGGUGCUGCUAUCUUGACGAUACCAACAGGGGCAGGAUUUGAUUGAUGGAUAAAUAAAUUUUACUCUUUUACGAUAUAGCAGGGGAUUGCUUAUACUUCCUUGAAACUCCUAUUAUAAAUAUUGCUGUUGACAAAUUACAUAUUGUAGACCUGUGUGUCCUAGAUCUGUGUGAUGUGAUCUUGUAGUCUUUUUAAAGUGAAGGCUUUAUGCUAAUAACUCCAAGGUUUUGUAUGUAUGCUGCAGAUAAAACUCAAUUUGCGAGACAGAGGAACAACAGUAGCAGUAGGCGAGGUGACAGAAGAAAUUCCAAGAUUUCGCCGAAAGCAAAAUAUGAUCCAUUUUCAGUGAAAGGCAGUUUCCCAAGCUUUAGUUCAACUGCUGGUGCUAACAACUUUUCAGGUAGGAUGGAAAUUGUUGUGAUAACCUGCAUCAUUUCAGUUCUUGCAUUUUAUCAUUGUAUAUGAGAUCUUAGGAAAGUACAAGAAGUGAAAAGGAUGGUUUAUGCUAAUUUUGGAUCGUCGCUUACCAUGUUAUAACACAAGUCAUUUAUGUUUUCAUGAAUUGUGGGAGCAAUAAUCAGUCUCUAUCUUUUCCUUUUUUUUUUUUUUUUUUUUUUGAGUGGGUGGGGCAUUUCAUAUAUAUUUGGGUUUGAUUUUGCAUUUUCAAAAUUUGGAGUGAGAUUAUUGAACAAACAUUUAUAAUGGAGAAGAUGGGGGAAAUAAUAUCAAGUCCUUCGGAAAGGUGCAAGUAGCAUUUCAAUUUGUUAUAUCCUUCUUGAUCUUGGCUUUCCUUGUAAUGUUUACAUUCUCUGCAAUCCUACUCUUUCUCAAGAAGGAAGAAUCAGUUUUACACAUAGCUGAACCUAUUUGACAUAAAAAAAAAAAAAAAAUGAAAAGUGACGAGAGGCACGAGUAGGAAACUUCCUGUAUAGCUUGUACUUCCUCCACUUUCCACAUGGCGUUCUUGCAACUUAGUUUGCCUUUGUAUACUAUCUCUUCUUCCUUUCAUGUCUUGCCAUAUGGAACUCAUAAGUGUGCAUAUUGAAAUGAUGGCAGUGUUAUAUGGUCUGAAGACAGAUGUUCAUGAUAUCGCUGACCUUGUUGAUGAUUUAUCAUUGAAUGAUCUCCUUUCGGGCACUUAUCAGUGCCGCAGCUUAGGCAAAGAAAAGGGAAAGAAACCAGCAAAUUCCACAGAGUGUCUUCUACAAUCACUUAGAAAGGCUUGUUCCAUUCUUCAGGUCCCUAAACCUUUCCCAACCCAAAAUGCUACCGUGAUAGACAACUCUUUGAAUGAUACCACAGGAAUAUGUCCACCAAAUUCUCUCCCUCGUAGUGUAAGUGGAAAUACUGCAGAAACUACCCCCACAGAUUUGUCUUCUUCCGAUAAGGUAAGCUACUUGUUGAAUAGAAUUCCACAAACUUUUGUUUGAAGUCAUUUGCUGUUUUCUAAGAAAAGGGAUAUUGAAUGGUACUGGUACUGAAUGAAUGCUUCACUGCUGGUCCUUUUAACCUUGCAGGAUUCUUGCAGCAAUCCCGAGUCUUCUGCUCAAUUACUAGAUUUCCAAUUUGAUCAACCUAAAGAUACUUUACAAGGCCUGGCACUUGGACCAUCGAAGGACUUGGAGUCUUUGCUUCAGGAUGCUGGGAAGCCAGCUGCAUCUUCUAGGAGUACUGCACCUGACCCACGUCCAGGCCAGCAGUUGGCAAGCCUAGCUAGCUUGCCCCCUUUUCCUUGGUCACAGAAUUUUGGUGGACAUUGUAGGGCCUAUUCUGAUUCAGCUAAGUUGUUAACAAGUAGGAGCACAUGCCAAGGUAGAUGGGCAAAAAUAGACAACUGUAUUAGGUGUAUUGGUGCUCCUUCAACUAGCUUCACAAACCUCGAGUCUCUUGCUUAUGAUGAGGCCUUAGUUCCUUCAUCUGGCCCAAAGCCAGAAAGUGAUUAUAGAAGUGCUGCUGCAUCAAUGUCUUGUACAUGCAAUCACAGUUUAUCAACAACUUUGACUUCUCUGACAUCCCAAGUUUCUUCAGGUAAAUGAUAGGUUGGGGUAUUAGGAGGGAAUAUUUAAUUUAUAGUUACAGAAGUUACUAUGUGGACAGAACAUUUACCAGUUGGCUUUGCUCUUGUAAUUUCUCUUGUGAAUGCAGAAUCUGGGGGUGACAUGAAGACCAUCGGAAAAGGUAAUGACUGCCCCAACUUUUAUGCUUAUGUAUUUUGAUUUGCUCACCUAUCUCUUUGUUUUUUGUGGAUUGUUGUAUACGUGCUUUGCCUGUUGUUUUGCCAAGUAGAAGGUAUAAGAUUAACACAUAAUGGAUUUUUGAUGGAUGAAGGUAUACAAUAGUUAUGGCUUUUGAUAGAUUUUGCUCACCAAUCUGUUUGGUCUGGCCGAUUUAUAUAGCACAAUUCUGUGUCCUUUGUCGAGGUGGCUAAUGGGUGGGAUUCAUAGGUUCAACGGUUGGGGUUAAAUGGGCUCACAGGUUUAGGUACUGACUUAUUGUUGAUGGGCGAGCUUAAUGGGCUUCUGGGUUGGUGGGUUGUUGGGGAUUAAUGACUUAUUGUUGAAAUUUGACGUGGUUGAAGGAUAUUUUUCGAUUGUCUAAACGUUUAGGUACUGGAUUUAAUUUUAGUGCAAUGUUUUAUCCUUUACAGCCGAACAUUGUCCAAAACUUGUAGCAGCUGCUCAAACCCUGGUAGACAUUGCUGCUCAUGGUUCGAAAAGCCUAAUAAACCACGAAAAAACAAUGAAAUGGCCAAAGCAACCUUCUCAGAAAGCCAUGAAGGCUUGCAAGUUGAAAUCCAAUGAGAAGCACGACUUAUUUAUAGCGUCAACUUCAUUAGUGGUGGGCCUGGUGGCAUCUGACCGUAUGAUCAGAGGCGGCACAAUGGAUCAAGUGAUGCCCUCCAAGAGGCCUAAGCUGUCUACUGUAGAGAGCAAAAGGUACCCUGACCACAUCAAUGGUAGCAUUAGAAAGGGAUCUUCAUUGCUUUGGUCUACCCCCAAAUCAAGUAGGUCUUCCUCCAGCAAGCCACUCGAGGACUCCAUUACUGGAAGUAGACAUUCAGCUGCCUACGUUCUACAGAAAACGUGCAUGAUGCCACCUCCUGCCAAAGCUUUGGGGAGAAGUUGCGGCAGCAGCAGCCAACCCAAGGUUCGUAAGUUGAUGUGAAUGAAUGGUUUUAUCUAUCCAAGGUGAACUCCAGCCCCAACAUGGGGUUGGUUUUGUAAAUAUGAUUGUGGGGAUUGUUGUAGGGGGGGUUUCACAGUGUAGGGGUGGGUAUUGGGAAACAAAUGAUUUGUUGUAUGAAGGUGUAGGUGUUUCACCUGGAGAAUAGGUUGAAACCUGCAAGUGUUGUAACACAUAAAAGAAGUCACAAGCCACAGUUGUAGCAGAUUACAUCAGGGGGGAAAUUCUUUGCCUUUUUCUGUAGAGCGAUUCGAUUGGGGCAAUAGAAAUUUCGGCUAGUAGUAUAUAAUGAUGUUAUAUGGGCUCUCAGUUAUGGGAUGCGCCCCCUGUUGGAAAACAAUGGGGCUUGCUGUACUGUUUGAAUUGCAGGUUUGAUGAGUUUUCUUCUCUCCUUUGAUCCUGAGAGUGGUGAAAGAGGGUUCCUUUGGAAGAGUACUGAUUCUCUUUCUGAAGUGAAAGUUGUCGGUGCUGCUGUGAUGUGGCCCAGAAAGGAACAGGAGUAGGAUACAGAGAAUGCAGUUCCUGUUGUUUGUGAGUAAAUUGUAUGUGGCUAUAGAAGCAUACUUGGGUUGGCUUCGUCAAGGCUCAAGUUAUAGGACGGUAGGGUAGGAUAAGGAAGGAGACCCAUUUUAUAGCACUAGUAAAACGGUUCCCUUUGGUCGGCUGGGGUUUGUUAUCCUUCCUUUUCUCCUUGGUCUAUGGAGAGUUUCUUUCUUUCUCAUUUCUUGAGUUGUUAAAUGAGGUUUAAAUGCAAAAUUUUAACGUUUUGAAUCAACAUAAUAGACAUUCUAAUAUGUUCACGUUGAGAAAUUAAGGAAAUAAGAACUAGUAUCCUACCUACUAAUAAAAAAAAAAAUUAAGCAGAAAGUAAGGAAAAGGAUUCACCUCGUUGAGAUGUUGGAUCUGUGGUUGAGUUGAUUAUAGUUUGUAUUAGUUUUCCUAACUUGUAAGGAUUGAACUGAAGUGGUUUGUUUGUUUCAAGACCCGGACACACACAAGAAGAUUAAGGAAAAGUACAAGCGAUAUUGUAAGCAACAAAAUGAAGAUUGAGAUUAACAAAAUCAUUAAUUAAGGAUACAAAAUUGAGAUUAACAAGAAAAACAAAGUAAGAAAAAAUCGAUGGCAAUAGGCUAGGAACGGAAAAGCCAAUGGUUUAAUUUUGCAAUAGUAUAACAAAUAAAAAAAAUGUGAAUUACAAGAGAAUUUUGAUGUAUGGGUUUCGGUAUAAAAUUGAAAUCGGUUACAACUACAAAAUUUCAUAUUUUAUUGUCCUUGAUAAGAAUUUUACCGGUAAUAAUAACAUACGAGAUUUUGUGGGUUCUGCAAAUUUAAAUUUAAAUUUUGUAAUUUACUCCUUAUUUAAUUUAGUAGUGAAAUUCUCGGUGGACGCUCAUUUCGAGAAGUGCCAGAUCCUGUGGUCGACCCUCACCGAGGCCUGUUAUAGUGUUUGACCCUCAUCAAACAGGUAAAUCCCAAAUUUCUUAGUUAAAAAAAUUUUGUUCUAAGUCGGAAGGAAAAAAGGUAGAAACCGAGGCACUAGCUAUUAAUUAGGAGUCACUCUCAUGCAUGGCCAUGGAAAUAAACUAUUAAUUAAUUAUUUAGUUGGUUUGGUUCUCUCACUAAUUUCUACUAACCCAACUUAUUUUCCGUGUUCUAUUUUAUCUUGCCGACUCUUCAUUUAAUUGCCCACCAAACUAUUUAUGAAGUGCAUAAUAGACCAUAUAAAAUAAGACUGCUGGUCCAACUUUUCCCAAGUAGCAUCGGCAUCUAGCCAUCUAGUCUAAUCUAACUGGCCGCCAAAUAUACUACAUAUAUCACAUAUGGGCAUAUGGCGGCAAAUGAGUCAAGCCGCUUAGUAAUUUGAUGUUCGAUUCAAAAUUAAACGAGUCGGUCUUU